AUGUCCAAGUUCGACCUUCCAGAGAACUUCACAGAACUCGUCGCAAACACCUACAACGAAGCAGCUGACAAAGGCGACGUUGUCUUCACUGAAUCCACCACAAAGUUCAUCGACGACGACGACUUCCAAUUCGCAAUCACCUUUGCACCAAGUUUGGCUAAGAAGCCAACACAGGAAAAGGCACCAGAACAGGAGGCUCGUCCAGAGAACUUCAACCCGUUCCUCAACCCGGAUCCCAAGCUUACUGUUGUUGCUGGAUACGCAGAUGACUACAACAUUCUCUUGAACAAGUUCCCAAUCACUCCAAACCAUCUGCUUUUGACCACAAAGGAGUUCAAGUCUCAGAAUGCUCCGCUAUCACCGGAUGAUUUGAUUGCAUCUUUCAAGAUCCUCGCCGAGUUGGAGAAGUCUUCCACCUCCAAUGAGAAGUUCAUGGGCUUCUACAACUGUGGUGAUAACUCUGGUGCCUCACAACCUCAUAAGCAUUUACAAUUCAUGAAGUAUCCUGACAAUUUCACCCCAUUCCCUGCCAGCAUCGCUGCCUCAGAGGAACACUUCAUUGCCAACUCCAACAAGGAGCCUUUACAGAGCCCAAAGUUACCAUUUGCACACUUCAUCUUACCAUUGCCAAAGGAUAAGGAGACUCUGUACGAUGAGGAUUAUUUGGUGCUGGCGUUCUCAUCUUUGCUACAGAGAGUCAUGACAAUAUUGAGAGACGCUGAGAAGCCUAUUGCAUAUAACGUUGUCUUCACGACCAAAUGGAUGAUGGUGGUUCCAAGAUCUCAACCGUACUACAAGGGCAAAUUGGGCAUCAACUCCGCAGGCUUCACAGGGUUAAUCCUGGCAAAGAACCAGGAGCUGAAUGACCUCAUCUUGGAGGACGGUCCUCUAAAGAUCUUGGAGGAAGUUGGAUUCCCAAACACCUCUGGACAACCUACAGAUGAGUACCACUACUGA